UCAACGAAUAAGAGAAGAAGGAUCCGUUCUACGGCAAGCAUCGAUUUACCGAUUUACAUCUGAUAACAUGAGGCCAGGGUUCAGUCCUCGUGGGGACCGAGGAGGGAGAGGGAGAGGUGGUGGGAGAGGAGGAUUUGGUGACCGGGGAGGAUUUGGUGACCGGGGAGGAUUUGGUGGACGGGGAGGAUUCAGAGGAGGAAGAGGUGGAUUCAGGUCCCCAGAAGGUGGAGGAUUUCGAGGCAGAGGAGGUGGCAGAGGCACCCCGAGAGGGAGAGGAGGAAGAGGUGGCAGAGGAGGUUUUGGAGCAGGGAAGAAAGUCUUAGUCGAGCCACACAGACAUGAAGGGGUGUUCAUCAGCAGAGGGAAGGAGGAUGCUCUGGUGACCAAGAACAUGGUGGUGGGAGAGUCUGUGUAUGGAGAGAAGAGGAUCAAUGUGGAGGAAGGAGAGAAUAAGAUUGAAUACAGAGCUUGGAAUCCUUUCCGCUCCAAGCUGGCAGCAGCCAUCUUAGGAGGAGUAGACCAGAUCCAUAUCAAGCCCGGAGCAAAGGUCAUGUACCUGGGAGCUGCUUCUGGGACCACAGUGUCCCACGUUUCUGACAUUGUCGGGCCGGAAGGGCUAGUGUAUGCUGUGGAGUUUUCUCAUCGAUCAGGUCGGGAUCUACUCAAUGUGGCAAAGAAACGCACCAACAUCAUUCCCAUCAUUGAAGAUGCGCGGCAUCCACACAAGUACCGCAUGUUGGUUGGCAUGGUGGAUGUGAUUUUUGCUGAUGUUGCCCAGCCUGACCAGACGAGGAUUGUUGCUUUGAAUGCUCACAACUUCCUGAAGAACGGAGGACACUUUGUUAUCUCCAUCAAGGCCAACUGUAUCGACUCUACAGCGGCUCCAGAGGCAGUGUUUGCCUCAGAGGUGAAGAAGAUGAGUGCUGAGAACAUGAAACCACAGGAACAGCUCACGCUGGAGCCCUAUGAGAGAGACCACGCUGUGGUGGUGGGCAUCUACAGACCUGCACCUAAACAGAAGAAAUGAGGUGUGGAAGAAACCUCUGGGAAAAGGAUUACCUUUUUCCAGCCACAAUCUGUCAUAUUUUCAUUUUUGUCUGUUGCCCUUCUCUUCACCCAACACCCACUGCUGGAGGCUCUUUCUAUAACUGAUAAAGUUGGAGCACAUUACAUGACAUUUGGUUACCUCAGUUGAUUGCCAAACAAGUCAUCUUGUUAAUUGUUUAUAUAUUAUGGUUCACAUCUGAUUUAACCUCCCUUAUUUCACAUAUUAUGCACAAGUGAUACAAAUAUUGGUGAUAUAAUCAAGUCUGUGUUCCUGUGCAACCACAUACAAGGAAGGUUAUGUAAAAGUAAGACAGUGGUCUAGUGUUGAAUAUCCAGUGUUGUGUAUUUUGUCCCCAGCCUAGGAUUAGUUGUCAAGGAAAUUUUGAAUUCACCAGCCGCUACCUUGUGAGCAAGUAACUCAUCUGAGGAGUAUUUUAACAGAAAAACAGGAUAAGGUGUUUAAAUCCUGAAAGCUUUAGUUAAACGGGGCUUCUAUGUUGUUACUCAAGUUUGAAUAGUUACUACAAGGCUCCUGGUCAUUUUUUUAUUUUUUUUUAUUGAAUGUCCUUUUUUAAAAAAAAAACUCUUCUGGUCCUCUGCUACUGAUCCCAGACAACACAUCUCACAUUGUUAGGGAUAUCCCAUGUAUCCACAACUCAUACCCCAGACAGCUAUGAAAUAUUUGUAUAUGCCAUUUCAGAAAUUGCAUAUGGUAAAACACACUUUGUGCUAAUACACUGUAUGUACUUUUGGUAGCUGAUGUGAAUAACAUAUUCAAGUCUGCAUAAUAUCUACUCUGUCAAAUGGUGAGCUGGUAAACUGAUGCUGUGUGUGUAUACAAAUACAGAUCCUGAUUAGUAAUUUGGAUAGUUUAUUUCGUUAUGAAGCAGAGUGGUGGUUGAUAACUUGCAACAAUGUAUGCUUAAGUUUUUUUUUAUAUAACUGGCAACUUUGUUAUAAUAAAGUAUUUGAUUCUUGUU